UCCUCUCCUCCUCUUUGGUGCCUUCAGCCAGGAGGCGGGAGUGACCAACAGCAGCUGACCUAGCACAAGGCACUGCCUCCCAGCCCUCGGACACACCAUGGGCCCAGAGGCGGGAUUGCAACACAGCAGCGACGACGCGAGCGGCAGCCCCGGCGACUCUCAACUGCCUCCCUGACCACCGCGACCACCGCCCAUCACCCCGAAAAGCCGUCGUCACCAACGGCAGGAGAAUCUAGAAUCGUCAAAGCCAUCUCCGCGAUCGACUCAAGCUACGUCAACAACUAUGGCGGGCGAGGGGCGGCGGGCAGCGUCGGUGAUGGAAGGAUGGGGGAUGUACGUCACACCGAGGGCCCCCAUCCGAGAGGGACGGCUCCGGCUCGCCCCUCAAAAUGGCGCAGGCAGCGACGCGCCUGCGUACGGAACUUCUUCGCCGUCGCGCCACGGCCGGCGGGAAGUGAGGUUCUCGGAAGAGCCGCCCGAAGUGUACGGCGACUUCGAGCCUCGGGUGGUUAAAGGGAAGUCCCCGGUGGGAACACGAAUCCGACUAGAAGCGUUCCGGCCCGAUUCUGCGAAAAAGGAAGUGAGAGAAAGCGCCUAUUACCUUCGGUCUCGGCAGCGGAGGCAGCCGCGACUGCCAGGAGCCGGGGAGAUGAAGACGCGAAGUGCUAUCCGCUUGCAGCAGCAGCCUCCGCUCCAGCCGUCACCGUUUACGAGCCGGAGAGGAUUCCAGGACUCCCAUUCCUCUGAAGAGGAUGAACCAUCUUCGCAAACUGUUUUAAGUCAAACAGUCUCAAAGAAAACUAUCAGAAGACAACAGACUCCAGGUAAGAAGAGUGAUUUUUUUUUUCAACAAUCCACCAGUGUCCAACAGAAAGUCAGUUUCUCUGAAGAAGGGGACACUGAAGAAGAUGACCAAGACAACACUGACAGCGAUGUAACUUCUGUUAAAGUCAGAUCCAGGGACUCUGUUGAGUCUGAAGAUCAAACCAGCAGAUCAAGUCCAUAUCCAGAAUCACUUUGGCAGUCGUCUCAAAGUAAAGACUUCCCAGCUCUUGAUAAGCAACAUUCAGUGCAAAGCUGGGGAUUUCCAAAACCACCUCAGGAAUGGAUUGAACAAGCCACAAGGAUAAGGAAUAGAAUGCAAAAUGACAGCAUGCAGAAAUCAGAGCUUGGAAACCAGUUUCCGUCAACCUCCAGCCAAUACAUGACCAGAGAACCCCAAAACCCAUCUACUGUCAAGAUGAAGUGGUGGUGGCCACUACUUCUGUUAGCUGUUUUUGCCGGGAUAUGGUGGUGGUACACUCCCAGUCCUGAAGUAGAAACCACUGCUGUUCAAGAGUUCCAGAACCAGAUGAAACAACUUAUGAAUAAGUACCAAGGUCAAGAUGAGAAGCUGUGGAAAAGGAGCCUCACAUUCCUGGAAAAACAUCUUAAUAGCUCCCAGCCUCGGCCGCAGCCUGCUAUCCUGCUGCUCACCGCUGCCCGCGACGCCGAAGAAGCCCUCAAGUGUCUGAGUGAACAGAUUGCUGACGCCUAUUCGUCCUUCCAUAGUGUCCGUGCCAUCCGGAUCGAUGGGACAGGCAAAGCGACUCAAGACAGUGAUGCCGUCAAGCUGGAGGUGGACCGGGAACUGAGCCAUGGGUUCCAAAAUGGCCAGAAUGCAGCCGUGGUCCACCGCUUCGAGUCACUGCCUGCAGGCUCCACCUUGAUCUUCUAUAAGUACUGUGACCACGAAAACGCCGCCUUCAAAGAUGUCGCCUUAGUCCUGACUGUCCUGUUGGAGGAGGAGACACUUGGAACCAGUCUGGGCCUGAAGGAAAUUGAAGAAAAAGUGAGGGAUUUCCUCAAAGUCAAAUUCACCAACUCGAACACACCCAACUCCUACAAACAUAUGGACCCAGACAAACUGAGCGGGCUCUGGAGCCGUAUCUCCCACUUAGUCCUGCCUGUACAGCCUGAAAAUGCCUUGAAAAGGGGCAUCUGCUUAUAAGGGGCAACAGAAGAGAAAAUCAUGUCUCACGUUCUGAGAAUUUUCCAGACUUUCUAACCAGAAACAGGACGCUGAGCUCUUUUUGAAAGAACUUUUUAAAGGAAGUUAAGUUCUUACAUAAACAUGGAACACCUAAAUCAAUUAUUGAAUCUAUUACUUGUGCUGGGAGAAACAUUUGCUUGUUUCCAUUGAGAUCUGUGUUCAUGGUAUCUGAGAACUAUAGGCGUUCUCUUUAGAUUCUGGGUUGAGUCAUGAUUGCUGUGGUAUGACCAGUGGGAAGGACUAGAAAACCCUUCCUAGGACUCCUCCCAGUUUUUAACUUAGACUUUUUACAGUUUGUUGAGUUAUUAGUAAGGCAGCUUCUUAAAUGCUACCAUGGGCUUUCCCAUUUUGUUCCUUUUACAUCAUUUAGGUGUGAGUUCCUUAGUCAGCUUCUGCUUAUAGGAACAAAAAUAAUGAAAGGUCAUCUGGGUGUGUGGGUUUUCAUUUUCCUUGUUUUUGGAGAGUGGGGAGAAGUAGGCACGGGAAAAGAGAAAUUGUGGAAAUUGGGAAGGAAAGGGGGAAAAUAAUAAAUCUUCGAGAUGAAAUGUUAAAAUAAGCCACUGAGACGUAGAUUAACCAAAGUAAUAUAAACUCCAUUCUCAAUGAAUUCUGUUGGGAUUUAUUUUUCACAUGUCCUUUUUUUUUCAAGAAAUUUUUGGUCCUCCCAAGGAUUUUUAAGCAUGUAUAUCCUGAGGUUAAAUAUAUUUGUUCUUUUGGCUCUUAAAGGCAGGUAAAUUCAGAGCAAUUUAUUUUGGAUAUAUCCUGAAGCUUUGUUUUGAAUUAAGAAAUACAGUUUCUGGGGAAGGGAGGGAGAAAAAAAGUAUUUUAGGAAUUGAUAGAUUAUUUGUUAACCAGCUUUCCUGGGCUGUUAAAGAAGGAUUUAAUUUUUGGCGUGUCCACUUGUUACAGUUAAAUCCUUUAGGUUCACUCUUAAACAAAUAUAAAGAUUCACUAUGCUCGAGAAAAAUUUAUUAAGAAUGCCUCAAGCCAAAAGAAAGUGAACUUUACCAUAUAUGAAGAAUGUUAAAAUGUACUGCCGUACACUACUGUCCUCUGGUAUUUCAGUUUUAACUUUGCAUCUGUUACAGCUUUCACAUCUAUCAACUACUUUGGUUUUCUUCGAAUCUUAAUAUUCUAGAUCCAGCUUCUUUUUUCAAUUAUCUGCAAAUCUUUAAAUGAAAAUACUAUUUUUAGAAUACUAGAGCCAGUCAUUGGCUUCACCAUGUAUAUUUUGAGAAUCCCAUGAGUAGUAGUAGAGUGUGGUCUAAUUUCUUUCUGCUUGGACUACCAGUAUUCGUAAAUAUACCCCUUAUUGUAAUUGGUUCCUGACUGUCAGAAGUCAGGUCAUCUGAUUUAUAGAGGAUUCUAAAACAAGAAUUUUUGAAAAGGCUUAUUUUAUACCUAUGUAUUAUAUGGAAGAACAAAUGUUUUUAUUAAAUGUUUCACUGACCAAAAUAAUUUUAAAGUGAUUAAUGUUACUUAUCUUUCAGGAAAAAUAAUUGUAGCAGCUGAUCUGUAAAAGACUUUAAAAGCUAUUUUAGUAAUUUAAAUAAAUUUACUUUCUUGGUUUGUACUCUG